GGUAGUUCAGUAUUGACAACCACAGAAAUUAACGUUGGUUCUUACUCAUUGUAAAUUAUCACCGAAAAAAAGCAUAUCGUUAUCUCGCACUUUAAAUUAUUUUCUUAAGGUCCUAGAGUAAAAAAUGUUCCGAAAUUUCUUCUCACUAAUUUUCCUCUUUCCAUUGUUAAGGUUGUCCGCAUCUACGAUUUGGCCACAACCCAAACACGUGUCCAUCGACACUUCAAACUCAAUAUCCAUCCCGUUAUCUUGUGAUGUUAAUCUACUCCUGAAUUCUCUACGGAGAACAUUCCCAUCAAAAGCAAAGUGCAUGAUUACACAAGCUUUUGAACGUGCUUCGAAGAAUUUCAAAAGCCAAGUCCCAUCUCCGUCUUAUAAUUGUGCUGUAAACCCAUUAAAUAUUAAUCUUUUAGUGACGAAUCCAUCAUAUCAAAGUGUAAACCCAAGCAAGGAUUCCGUUUCUCAAGAAUCAUACAAAAUUACAAUCAAUCCACAAUCAGAGAUUUUUAUUGAGGCUGCGACAACAAUCGCCGCACUUCGCGCAGCUUGGACAUUUUUUCAGAUUCCGACAAACCCAUCCAGAUUCAUACAACAUCCCAUCUCCAUCAGAGAUGAACCUACGUUCAUCUACCGUGCAAUUAUGAUGGACACGACAAGGUCAAUCAGUGUUACAGAGGGACAGCGCCAUCCAAUUAUUCGCCUUUACGAAAUGAUUGACCGGAUGGAAGUCGUCAAGAUGAAUAUCCUCCAUUGGCAUCUAACGGACACGGAUGGUCUCUCCUUUCAAGUGGAUAAUGUAAAUGUGACGUCGCCAUAUUCAGUCGACGAAAUUAAGAAAGUUGUGCAAUACGGACUGGAUCAUGGAAUUACUGUUUUGCCAGAAGUGGACAUCAUGGGCCAUAGCGGAACCGUGUGGGGGAGACAGACAAAUAUACCAUCAUUCGCCCCUUGGGAUUGUCCCUACCAAUUCAACCUGGACUCACCCCAGGCUACACAAUUUAUCACAAAUCUCUUUAAAAAUAUGACGACAAAGAUAUUUACGAAUUGCCCAAUCCUUGCCACCGGACAGGACGAAGUAGCUCCAUGUGGAAAUAAUUAUGUUCGAGAUGCCACAGCGCUGCAGAAUAAAUUGGGCCAAAUUGCGAAGAAUGCAGGAAAAAGGGUGCUCGUUUGGGGGGACACUAUUCUCGAACAAGGGCUAAUCUUUGACUCGAGAAUUACAUUGGUAGCGCCGUGGAGGGAGUAUGAAGGCUGCAACGGAUAUGCAGAAGGAGUCAAUAAAUUGGUCGAGAGGGGAUACAAGGUCGUGGUAUACAAUCAAAAUCCGUGGUACAUUGGCAGGGAAACUACGGCAGAGGGACUUUACAGCUACAAUCCUUUGGAUGGAGUACAGCCAAGCAAUGUGGGAGCAGUUCUUGGGGGAGCGGUGUCACUGUGGGAACCUUCGCUGAGAGAUUUGGAGCAUGGAUCAAUAUUCUGGCCAAUGUCUGCCGCAGUGGGUGAAGUUUUGUGGUCAGGAUCCCGUCAAGGGGGCGAGUUUAAUGAGGAAAGAUACGAUAAGAUUUCAACAUUUCUUAGAAAUGUUCCUGCUUCCGUGGUGUCGAUGGUAAUUUGCAAAUAGGUAAAUACAUAUUUCCAAAGUCUCAUGAAUUUUUUUGGCCUUGUGAAUUUUACAUAAGAGCGAAUAAAACUUUCUGCAUAAUUGUUAUCUAAAAAAAUUCUGUGGAUGAAUAUAAAUGAGUAUGUAAUGACAGAUUAUCUAUUAUUUGUUCGUCAUUUUUACUUAUUUUUGCAAUUACAGAUUUGUAAAAUUCCAACUAAAAUUAAUAAAAGCACAUCGACUUUAGUAAGGUUAUGUAGUAUUAAAUGCGUACCCGUGUACGUAAUUAUAAGUUCAGUGAAGGUUACUCAUGGUUAAAGUUAAUCAAUACUUAUAAUAUUAAAUUUGCGCGUGGAUAACACAUUAUUAGAUAAACUCACAGCCUGCCCCCUUUUCGUAAAACUAACCUUUAAAUAAACCAUUUAAUUCGACCCAUAUAACAUAUAAUUUACUUCGCUGGCGGCUUUACUACCGGCAACUCAUCACACACAGUCAUUGAAAAAGUUAAAAAUAUAUUUAGUUUCUACAUUAUAUUUCUGUAAUUAAUGGGACUUCGUUGCAAUCAAUAAUCGGACUGUGCCUCUCGCAAUAGAAAUAAGGUACAUAAGUGCAGUCUUUGGCGUAAUGCAGUAAAAUAUCCCAAAUUGUACUCCGAUUGGUUUGCAUGAUGAAAUAAAUCGCUUAAAAUACUC